UCAGAGAGAGAGAGAGAAAAAAUCCCUAACCCUGGUUAAAGUAUUUAAAGGCUGUCGUGUUUUUUUUCUCUCUGUGUGUGCGUUGUUUGUUUAAUACGUUCCGACACAAGGGGGAUGUUGAAUCAGUGGAGAUCUAGCAGACAUCAAAGGAUCGAAUGACAGGCUGACGUUCGACAGGAGUUAUUAAAAUGCUUCAAGUCAGCAUUGCUCAGAGUUGGGGAAGUUAACACAGGUCUCCCGUUAUUGUAUAUUAAACAUGGGUUGCUGCAUGCAGGAUAACUACACACCCCUGUUUAAUGAUGCGUUUGAGGUGAUCCACCAUCAGCAACAUCUGCAGCCCUCAACCCAGUUCAGACAGGACCCUGGAGUCCAGUAUCUGCCAAGUCCUUCACUCUCGAUGUACAGCUUCCAGCAUUAUACGGAGACUGGCCCCAGUCCUUACUGUGCCCUGAAUGGACAGUCCCAACAUUUACAGGAUGCUGUGGAUUUUAACCUCGACAGCAACAAGCUAGCACAUGAGAAUGGCUCACAGUUUCCCGGCUAUUUUCCAGACAAUCACUUCCAAAAUUUGUUUAUCCCAAGGCAAGGAAAAGGCAGGAGGAGGCUCCGCCUUUAUGAAUUCCUGGGCGAGUCUCUCCAUGAUUCCGAGAUGUCCGACUGCAUCCAGUGGGUGGACAGGAAUAGCGGUGUAUUCCAGUUCAUCUCCAAGAACAAGGAGAAAGUGGCGGAGAUGUGGGGCAGGAGAAAGGGCAACCGGAAAACCAUGACCUAUCAGAAAAUGGCUCGGGCUCUGAGAAACUACAGCCGGACAGGCGAGAUUGUGAAAGUGCGCCGAAAGUUAACGUACCAGUUUGACGCCCAGGUGCUGCAGAGACUGGGAAACUGCUCGAAUUCUCAUUAUCCCCACACCGACCAUGAACACUUCGCCCGUGAUCACUGGCACUUCAGUUACAAUUACAAUGACCUUUUCCACGAGAACUCCGUUUGAAGAAUCCUGGUUUCAACCAAUCCAUUGCUCUUAAUGACAAACUAUUGCAGAUACUUUUUUGUUUCAGAAGCGUUAAGCCCAAACCCGAAAAAAGCCAACAUUCUAAAUCCUGUAAAUACCAUUUAGUCUUUAAGCCAGUGUGUGUGUGUGGGAUGUUUUAGCCCAGUCCAGUGUCAUGUACUAAACAAACGAAUAAAUGUUGUCUUUUGUCUA